AUGACAAGACAGAGAAAUGAACUGAAGCAACAGGUGAACAUGUCGGAUGAAAUACCAAACCACAAUGUGGAACAAGAAGCUGAAUACACUACAACUCGUUCAUCAAAUCAGGCCGGAGCCUUAGAACCGGACAUGGAAGAAGACAGCUUAGACGGGGACUCUGAUCACUUCAAUUUACAGGAGGUCAAUGCUGGCAAAAACGAUCAAGUUCUUGGCUCAUCUGAAUACGACAAUACAUAUCAACAGUCUCCUCGCUCUCAUUCUGACUCCAUAGAUUCCCUUAGCCAAUCAAAUUCAAGCACAAAUGAAAAUUCCGAAUUAACUGCUCUCUUGCCUUGCGCGGAAUAUCAAGAAUCAGAUGUAGAAAGAGGCAACACAGAGACGAAAUCACGACUUCCUUUGAAAUGUGCCUUGGGAUUAAACCGGAAGUCUUCCCUGCCUAAGCAAAAAAUACAAAAAGACAUCAAAGUGCAAAAGAAUUUAACAAAGAGUAAAACGGUUGACUUGGCGAAAGGAGUUUUCUGUCAGGGUGAAAAGAAAAGACUUAACCGUGGAGAAUCCCAGACAGGUUUGAGCGAAAGUCGCGCUGUAAGAGAGACCUUAACGAGUCGCUUGCGAUUUGAGAAACGGCACAUUCCUCAUGACCAAGAUUGUGAAGGCGAGGACUACAUGACGCCUACACAAAGGAAGGACCAGUUGCUGAAGGAUCUAAAGAUCCAAGUGAAGGAUUUAGCGAGUGAGGUAGAAGCACGUGAUCUCCAGAUAGAGAGAUUGAAACAGGAUAUAGAUCAGGAGGCACGAGAGAUAAUCGACAGGAAGAAAGAAGAGGCUAGACUGCUUCAGUCUAACCUCGACAUCUUACAAACUGAACACGAUGACCUCAAGAUGUCCUAUCAAAAAUCUCUUUGUAGCAUCGUCGAUUUGGAAGAAUCCAUUUCUCAACUAAAUGAACGUAUAGUGAUCCAGGAGAAAAGAAACGAGCGAAUCUACUUGGAAAUGUAUAAGAAGGGGCAAGAAUCAGCUCAAUUUGAACGAAAUGUUGAGUUGGAGCUGCUUGCAGUAAAUUCUGAAAGUUCAAGUAUGACGAUGAAAGAACUCAUAAGAAAGCUGGUUGUGACAGAAUCCGAACUGGCAAAGUGGCAAUCUUUUCGUCGGCAGGAGUCAUACGAAUCAGCAGAGAAACCGGAAACACAGGCGGAUGUGACGUUACGAUUUCUCAAGGACUCUUUCUUUCAUUACCUAACAGACAUGAAAGACUCAGACCGCCAUCUUAGAGCCAUGAUCAGAAUUUUUAAUUAUACUGAUGUUCAGAAAAAGAGAAUAUCAAAAUGCGUCACUGAAAAACAGAACAAAAGUGCAUAA